AUGAUUCCUGCACAUAAACAGAAACUUAUUGAUGAAGAACUUCAUAUUUUACAGUUAUCAUUCGGUGAUCCAGUAUUUUUCAAAGAAGCUGCAUUGUUAUUAACAAAAUGGAGAUCUGAUCCUGAUUUGGUUAUAUUUUCUAAUAAUUUUGAAACAACCUGGAUAAAUGAUUUAAGAUACUGGUAUGAAGGAGCUGCAAUGGGUGUUCCGUCAACAAAUAACGGUCUUGAAUCAAGAAAUAGCAAAAUUAAAGAACAAUAUGCACUCAGAGUAAAAUUAAAGUUAUUUUCAUUUUUACCAACAAUGCAACAAAUGCUAUCUGAAUGGUCAUCGAAAUCAACUGAAGACCAUUUCAUACAUUUCCAGUUGUGA